AAGUCUUUCGGGGUGCCAACGAGGGAGAUGCCUUUUUUGAGGAGUGUUUGGAGAGGAGACGUCGCUCCUGACUUUUACGCACGGAACCCUGCGAGUCUGUCGCUUCUAAAAACCCACAUCCAGCAUGGAUAACGGAUCCCUUCGAGGCAUUGACCCGAACUGCACCGGCCAACCUCCUCUGGCCGUCGACAUCAUCCUGGGGCUGGACGUUUUUGGCACCAUCCUGUAUGCCAUCCUCACUUUCAUGACCGCGGUUUCCAUGCUGGUCUUCAUAGAAGAAUGUAUAUACAUCUAUAAAAAAGUGCCUCCCAAUAAGAAGAGUGUGAUCAUUUGGGUGACUGGAGCAGCACCGAUCAUCUGCACCAUGUCGUGUCUGGGGAUGUGGAUUCCCAGAUCCACCAUGUAUACCGAUAUGACUUCAGCUUGUUAUUUCGCCAUCGUGGUGUUUAAGUUCCUGAUCAUGAUGCUGGAGGAGAUCGGAGGCGAUCAGGCCUUCCUGCGGCGGAUGGGAAAACACACGCUAAGGAUUAGCACCGGGCCUUGCUGCUGCUGCUGCCCCUGCCUCCCACAUGUGGCCAUCACACCACGGACACUCUUCCUCCUUAAACUUGGCUCCUUCCAGUUUGCCCUCCUGAAGGUUGUCUUCACCAUUCUCUCUAUUGUCCUCCACACUAACGGGAACUUUGUCCUGACGGAUUUGAGCAUCACAGGAGCUGUUAUGUGGAUUAACCCCUUUGUGGGCAUCUUGACAGUCAUUGCUUUGUGGCCUGUGGCCAUCAUAUUCAUGCACCUAAGGACCACUCUGCAGACAGUUAAGAUAAUCCCCAAAUACGCCAUGUACCAGCUGGUCCUGAUCCUGACACAGCUGCAGUCAGCUAUCAUCAACAUCUUGGCGAUAAAUGGAGUCAUCGCCUGCUCGCCGCCAUUUUCCUCCGUAGCCAGGGGAUACAUGCUCAGCCAGCAGCUCCUUAUCCUGGAGAUGUUCAUCAUCACUCUGGUUACGCGGAUGCUGUACCGAAGGCAGUAUGACCCUUUGCCCGUCGAAGAUCUAGACGACAACGAAAACACAAAGAUGGUGGUGAUACCGGACUCUGCGUGAGGACUGAACGCCUUACAAAACAGGAAAAGUCUCUGACUUUACUUCUAAUGUUUGCUUGAAUUUAUAUACAUGUACAAAGCUGCGUCCAAAGUUACAGAUUGAAAGAAAACUCAGGUCAACUUAUGUCCUAAACCAAAAAUGUAACAAUACUUAAAAAAAGCACACACAGCAGCAUCAGCUGAUACGCUCAGAUCUGUUUCCCUGCAUGCUUUCCUCACUUUUUUUUUUUUUUUAGUUUCAGCUGCUUACAGUGUUUUUCAGCUCAUCUUAACCUAACAGUGUUGAUCAUUUUUUCUUCUUUAUGAAAGAAAGUCCAGAUUUUUCCCUCACAUCUGCACAUCAGUUAGAAAAAGAAAGAAAGAAAGAAAGAAAGAAAGAAAGAAAGAAAGAAAGAAAGAAAGAAAGAAAGAAAGAAAGAAAGAAAGAAAGAAAGAAAGAAAGACAGGAUCAGUCAGGACAUUUUUUUUCCAAACAACAAACUGUACGUUCAUAUUCAUUCAUUUAUAGCCGGCUGAAGGCAGCAGGAAGGAAGGCUGAAACCCCCCCGCUGAUUACAAACAGACAUAAUGAACUGAUUUAUAUCACCACUAGAUGACUGAAGCUCAACAGGAUUUAUGGCCAUGGCUCUUAUUAAGUUUAUGUGUUUCAAAGCAUGUAAUAGUUUUAGUCUUUCAAAUGUAAAUCAUAUCUUCUCUGCACUUCGAAAGAACAGCCAAGAGGAGCAAAAUGAAAGGAAAUGUCAAAAUGAACUUUCACUUUCCUGUUAUGCAGCUUUUGAAACAUUAAGGAAUUUUGCACCUUUAAGUUUUUGACAUCUCUUGUUUUGUUUUUCCAAAUACCUUGUUCCAUUUGGCGCCUUUAAGUCAUCAUGUGUGUUUUGACUAUACCUGGUUUGAGUUUUGUUGCUUUUUGCUGUGUUUAACUUCAUACACCUGUUUCCCAUAAUACCUCGUUCUCUCUGUGUUUUUUUACUUCCUGAAUUUUUCUGUUCCCAGUGAACACAUGCUUGUGGAUUUGCCUUUUUGUGUGAGGGUGUUCUCAAUUUACAUAUAAGAAUUUCCGUAUCUGGACUGACUGAUGCAGUAGCUCCCGUUCAGAUGUCAUUUGGAUUGAUCCUGUGGGAUUUGUUGUACCUCACUUUGCAUUCUUUGUGCAUUUCUGACACUUUUAGAUCCACAUUGAGUUGUUUUUUUAAAAAAGCUAUACCGUGCUUGAGCUGUCUUAAAACGUGAAAUAACUUUUUUU